AUGCCAUUCACUGAAGGAACCUCCGUGACUUUCCCCACUAAGAGUGGGGAUUUUACAAUCGGCACGGUCAAAGGCUUCAAGGAUGGGAAAUACCAGGUGGAAGUUGAGGGAGCCAAGAUAUUGGAAGUGGAAGAGGCAGAUGUGAAGGAAUUUAGCAUUCCGAUUCAGAGGAGAGAUAUCUUUGAUACGUUAAAGUAG